GUCAUCUAUCGGGAUGCAACGAAAUCUGCCGCUUAUCAUACGUUUAACCGAUAAAAAUUUCGAGAGAAAUCGGCACGAAAAAUCAAAUCGCGAGAAAGGCAAUCAUCGUUAGUGACUACGAAAUCGCUGAAAUACCCAACUUUCAGUCUCGAUCUCUCGGGACGUACAUAAAAAUCAGCUGAUGACGUAACAUAUAACGAGCGUAAGAAGAAAAGUUAGUCGCAUACUCGUGUCGGUGUUGGUGGGCGCGAGACUUGCGCGAGACGAAGUAUGGCGUAGGAUUCCCUCUGGCCUCUUUCGUUGAGCAGUGUUAAGAGUUCACUCUACUUGGUAGUUUUGUUUGUCUAUUAUUUCGCUAACGGGCACGAAAAGGACAUCGAGUAUCUGUACAGGAUGAGCGUCGAUGCAUAUGGACCUAGCAGUCAGACCCUCACGUUCCUCGAUACAGAGGAAGCUGAUUUAAUCGGUGCAGACACGCAGGGUAGCGAAUUUGAUUUCACCGAUUUUACAUUACCCUCACCGAGUCAAACUCAAGCUUCGCAACACGAUGCUGCCCAAAGUCAACCUAACCAGCCUGUACAGGUUAAUGGAACAAGUGGCAGUUCAUCUUUAGACUUGAAAAUUUCUGGAGCAGCACAAAGUCUUGCAGAAUUACAGUUUGAAGAAGAAGAAGAAGAAGCAUAUUACAAUCGUGAUUUACCAGAACAUGCAUGUAAAUAUUGUGGUAUUCAUGAAGCAUCUUGCGUUGUUAUGUGUAAUGUCUGCCGCAAAUGGUUUUGUAAUGGACGUGGAAAUACAUCUGGUUCUCAUAUUAUUAAUCAUCUUGUUCGAGCCAAACAUAAGGAAGUUACUUUACACAGAGAUGGCCCUUUGGGAGAAACUGUUCUGGAAUGUUAUUCAUGUGCUGUUAGGAAUGUUUUUGUUCUUGGUUUUAUUCCUGCUAAAGCAGAUUCUGUUGUUGUAUUACUCUGCCGUCAACCAUGUGCAGCUCAAAGUUCCUUGAAGGAUAUGAAUUGGGAUCAAGAACAAUGGAAACCAUUGAUUGAAGAUCGCUCUUUUUUAGCUUGGUUAGUAAAAAUCCCAUCAGAACAAGAACAAUUACGUGCCAGACAAAUUUCUGCUCAACAAAUCAAUAAGUUAGAAGAAUUAUGGCGGGACAAUGUCGAUGCGACUUUCCAAGAUCUUGAAAAACCUGGAGUAGAUGAAGAACCGCAACAAGUACUUUUGCGGUAUGAAGAUGGAUACCAAUACCAGAAUAUAUUUGGUCCGCUCGUAAAAUUAGAAGCCGAUUAUGAUAAACGUUUAAAAGAAUCUCAAACUCAAGAGAACAUCGAAGUACGUUGGGAUGUUGGACUAAAUAAAAAGACAAUUGCUUAUUUCAUGUUAGCCAAAACAGACGGUGAUAUGAAGUUAAUGCAUGGAGAUGAAUUGAGACUUCGCUAUUUGGGUGAACUUCACAAACCUUGGUCUGGAAUUGGACACGUGAUUAAAAUUCCUGAUAAUUAUGGAGAAGAAGUCGGGAUCGAAUUAAAAAAUAAUUCUGGCGCUCCGACGGAAUGUGUUAGUAACUUCGUCGUUGAUUUUAUUUGGAAAAGCACAAGUUUUGAUCGCAUGCAAUUAGCAUUACGGAAAUUUGCUGUGGAUGAUACUUCUGUAUCCGGUUACAUAUAUCAUAGAUUAUUAGGACAUGAAGUGGAAGAAGUUUUAUUCCGCUGCCAUCUUCCUAAGCAUUUUAGUGCUCCGAAUUUGCCAGAUUUAAAUCGUUCUCAAGUAUAUGCUGUAAAACAUGCUGUACAAAGGCCUUUAUCUUUGAUUCAAGGACCACCUGGAACAGGAAAAACUGUAACUAGCGCUACGAUAGUUUAUCAACUCGUAAAACAAAACGGUGGUCCUGUUUUGGUAUGUGCUCCUUCAAACACAGCUGUGGAUCAACUCACAGAAAAAAUACAUAAAUCUAAUUUAAAAGUUGUACGACUUUGUGCAAAAUCACGAGAAGCAAUCGAUUCGCCAGUCAGCUUUCUUGCUCUUCAUAAUCAAAUCAAAAAUAUGGAGACAAAUACUGAAUUGCAAAAAUUACAGCAAUUAAAAGAUGAAACUGGAGAAUUAUCUAGCGUUGAUGAAAAACGUUACAGAUUAUUGAAAAAAGCAGCAGAAAAAGAAUUAUUGGAAGCAGCCGAUGUAAUUUGCUGUACCUGUGUUGGAGCUGGUGAUCCUAGAUUACACAGGCUCAAGUUUCAUUCGAUUCUUAUUGAUGAGAGUAUGCAAGCAACUGAACCUGAAUGUAUGGUGCCAGUUGUUCUUGGAGCAAAACAAUUAAUUCUCGUUGGUGAUCAUUGUCAAUUAGGACCAGUAGUUAUGUGCAAAAAAGCAGCAAGAGCAGGUUUAUCACAAUCUCUUUUCGAAAGACUAGUUGUACUUGGAAUUAGACCUUUCAGAUUGGAAGUACAAUAUCGUAUGCAUCCAGAUCUUUCUCGAUUUCCAUCAAAUUUUUUCUAUGAAGGUUCUUUGCAAAAUGGUGUAUGUGCAGAUGAAAGAAAAUUGUUGAAAAUUGAUUUUCCUUGGCCUGCACCUGACAAACCUAUGUUUUUUUAUGUUACUCAAGGUCAGGAAGAAAUAGCUGGAAGUGGUACGUCAUAUUUGAAUCGAACGGAAGCAUCUAAUGUUGAAAAAAUAGCAACUAGAUUUUUACGUUGUGGUGUAAAGCCUGAACAAAUUGGAGUAAUAACUCCAUAUGAAGGUCAACGAGCUUAUUUAGUUCAAUAUAUGCAAUACCAAGGAUCCUUGCAUUCAAAACUUUAUCAGGAGAUCGAGGUUGCUAGUGUAGAUGCAUUUCAGGGUAGGGAAAAGGAUAUAAUAAUUAUGUCUUGUGUCCGAUCGAAUGAACAUCAAGGUAUUGGAUUUCUGAAUGAUCCACGAAGAUUAAACGUAGCUUUAACCCGAGCAAAAUAUGGAAUCAUAAUUGUAGGAAAUCCGAAAGUAUUAUCAAAGCAACCAUUAUGGAAUCAUUUAUUGAGUUUUUACAAAGAACAAAAAGUUCUAGUAGAAGGACCUUUGAAUAAUCUUAAAGAAUCUAUGAUUCAAUUUGCUAAACCAAAGAAACUCGUUAAUGCUGCUAAUCCAGGUUCUCAUUUCAUGUCCACGUCAAUGUAUGAUGCAAGAGAAGCUCUUAUUCCAGGUUCCGUAUACGAUCGAUCAGGUACUCAGGUUAAUGGAACGCAAAAUCAUAAUCCUUAUUAUCAAAGAAAUGUACCUUUAGAUAUAUUCAGUAGGACCCAUGACACCAUAAGCUAUAUCAGUCCAGAGAGAGCUCAAGCAGCGAUGAAUAAUGUUCCAGUUCCAGUGGGAAUGUUUAUGAAUAUGGCACAUGUGCCUCCGCGAUUUUAUAAUCAACAUCAGCAGGCAUUACAGGCUAGACAAAACCAACGUAAUCGUCGAGGAACAUCUUUAUCGAAAAAUAAACAGGGUCCACGAAUGGGCAAACUAAGUCAAACGGAACAAAAUACUCAACCAUAUAGUCAGCCAGGUUUACCAUUAACUCAAGGUACGACACAGGGAAUGUCGCAACCAGGUUUCAGUCUUUCUCAGCCCGGCCUUAGUCAAGCAGAGCUUUCUCAGGAUUCGUUUGCUGUCGGAGAAUUUCAAUCGCAAAUGGAUGGCUUAUUAUCUCAAGACUCAACUUAUCAAGGUGAUCGAAGUGGUUUUUAUCAAUCUGGACAGUCACAAGCUGGGGGACAGUUCUCCCAGCCAUAUUGAGCCGAGACCGUACGGCUGAGCAACGCAAUUGCUAUGCAGCGUCGCGGGAGCGACUGAAGGCUCGUUCGACCAAUUCUUCUUCGACCAACAACCACAAAUCACUAACUGCGCAAAACGGUAAAACGGCUCGGCGAUCGAGUACGGUAUAUGCACACGCAGUCGUCGGCGUUUUAAAAGAGGGUUUUAAAACAAACAAGCAAAACCAAAAAAAAAAAAAA